UUCUAACUUGUGAUAUAUUGGAUUUUCAAACUGGCAAUGUUUUUAGUUUGCUCAAUUCAAAAUGUUAUAGAGUUUGUCUCAAAAUUGUUUAGCAGCCCUUCAUCCAGAUUUAAUUAAUUGAUUUUUGUUUCAUACUAAGCAAAAUGGUGGCAAAGAUGCCCACAUUAGAUACCAGUUCCCAUUCGGUCAAUGGAGUGCCAAAGGAUGUUUUGGAGUCGUCUACAAAGAUGGUAGAUAUGCAGAUGCAACAGGAUAAUUCAUAUCCUGAAUUGACAGAUUGUUUGAAAAUGGGUGGAGCCACAUUGCCCACAGUGAGUGGUCUUAAUGAUCAAGAUUAUCCUGGAAUAUCUGAAUUGAGUAUCAGUCUACAUUCCCUUUCACAAUUGAAUUUGGUAAAAAGAAUACCAUUACCUUCAGAACUGGUGGAACAGUUUGGUUUUAUGCAAAGCAACUGCCAAAUGGGCUUAUUUCCUGAAAUUGGACGUGCUUGGUUAACAAUUGAUAGCAAUAUAUUUCUGUGGUCAUUUCAUGAUGGGAGUGACCUGGCAUAUUUUGAUGGCCUCAAUGAAACUAUACUCUGUGUUGGUCUUGUUAAACCCAAACCAGAUGUAUUUCAAAAUUUUAUUCAUUAUUUACUUUGCUUGACCACACCUGUUGAAAUCGUAUUGCUUGGAGUCAAUUUUACAACCCAAGAUAGAACUUCAUCUCCGUUUGAAGAAAUGCACAUGCUUCCAGAACCAUUGUUCUCUUAUCCAACUGACAAUGUUCAUAUGUGCACAUUUGCAGGGACAGAUGAUGGUCGCAUAUUUUUAGGUGGUAAAGAUGGCUGUGUUUAUGAAUUUACUUAUCAGGCACAAGACAGUUGGUUUGGUAGAAAGUGUCGUAAAAUCAAUCACUCUAGCAGUACUUUAUCAUUCCUAGUGCCAUCCUUUCUAAGUUUAGCAUUUUCAGAAGAUGAUGCUGUUCUUCAAAUAGCUGUUGAUGAUACAAGGCAUGUAUUAUAUGCUAGACUUGAGAAAGGAUCCAUUCAGGUUUUUGAUUUGGGAAAAGAUGGUAAACAAAUGAGUAAGGUUCAUGUUCUUCAUCAGCAUGCAAUUGUUCAUCAGGCUUCUGAUAUUGCCAGAACCAUUGACAAGAAAAAUUUCUACCCUGUUGUUCAUAUCAGUCCUGUCGAUGCCAAAGAGUCUAAAUUUGCCCAUUUGGUUGCUAUAACUCAAUCAGGUGUAAGACUUUAUUUCACUACAAAUGGUGGAUUUGGUGAUAACCGUCCAUAUACAUUAGCAUUACUGCAUGUUCGUUUGCCUCCUGGCUUUACUGCUAAUGCUGAUGUUCCUAGACCUCUAAAUGUGCGCAUGGCAUAUUACAAAAAAGGAUUUACAUUAUUAGCAUCUUCUCAGACUGAAGACAAUGAUCUUAUUUUUGCUACCAGCAAUGAUUCUUUUGCAUUUUAUAAUCAACUGAUUGAAACCCAUACUACUAUCAUGCUGGAUGGUAAUGCAUGGUCUAUUGCUGAAGUUCCAAGUAUUUUGCCUGUACCUGUUACUCCCAAGAAUGCAGAAAUUGUAUGUGAUCCGCCAGUUUUAGUAACUCAACAUAGAGAACCACCUAGACAGUUUGUUUUUCUCUCUACACAAGGCAGUUUUAUGUUGAGAAAACCAAGACCUGUUGACCAGCUGUAUAAAUUGUUUAUGGAUAAUAAAGGACCAGAUAGUGAAGCUGUCAAAGCAUUUUUUAUUAUCCAUAAGGAAUCUCAAGCAUGUGCCAUGUGCCUUAUUUUAGCAUGCUCUCAAACAUUGCCAGAAAAACAGAUUGCAGAAUGGGCUAAUAGAGCAUUUUUCAUGUAUGGUGGGGAACCUCAUUAUGGUCAAGUACAGGUUGGAGAUACUCCUUUGAAUCCAGUGGACUCGCAGUUGUCACUUGGUCGACCUAGCAUUGGAUCUACAAUUAAUCCAGUUUGGGCAAGCACUCCUCAGAAUCCACAACGUGUUGUUCUUCCUCAGCCGCAAUUUUCAAAUUUCUACAGUCCUGUAAGGCCAGUUUCUACUCCUGUGCAGCAACCUGCAUCUCCUAGUACUGGUGUUUUAGGCCAGCAGCUAUCUAGCACUGCUGUUGCACCAUCUACUUCUGAAAUGAUCUACUCAGGGAAACAUAAUGGUUUAUAUUUAUAUUUUUCAAGAAUAGUCAGACCUGUAUGGAAUUUGAAGCUGGUAUCUGAAACUUCUGCCAAAAUUGGAGAAUCAAAAGUUAUUUAUCUGAUUAGUAACAUUUCAUCUGAAGACCUAGCCUUUAUUUUACAACAACUAGUAUCUUUGAAGCAUUUUCUGCAGAAAAAUCACCAAUCCUUCUUAAAUCCAGCAGUUGCCAGCUUAGCUCAGAAUGUGGGUAUGUCAAGGCUACUGGCUCAGAAUGGCUAUGGAUCUCCUAGUGACACAUCACUCAAUUACCAAAGACACACACAAAGUGACGCUGAGUUACAGGAACGUAUUUCCCUAGCUAACUUCCAGCAACUAGUUAAUUAUACUUAUGAAAUGUUAGCUUUAUGGAAAGUAUUGUGUGAUCACCAAUUUGAAAAUGUCAUACAAUUCCUUUCACAGACUCAGCAAGAAUUAUUGAAGCUUCUGACUUUCAAGGAUUUUAUAGUUGAUGGCAAAGAGUUGUCUGUUUCUUUGACAAAUGCAUUAAUCAACUUUUACCUAGAAGAUAAUGCAAGUACUGGUACUAUUAGUCAGCUUUUGAGAGAACUUUGCCCAUCCAUUUAUCGUCUCGAAGAUGCAACUGUUUCAAGGGCUCAUGAAAUAGUAUUGAAUGCUAAAAAUAUUUUAAAUAAAGCUGACAGAGAACAAGAAUUAUAUGAGGCUCUCAAGCUUUGCAAAUCAAUUGCACCCAAUGUUGAUUUGGAUUUAAUGUGCGGGCUAUUUCGUAGUGCUGGAUUUUACCAUGGGAUCAUUGAUCUCUGUCUUUGUUGUGCACAGCGUCGUGACCCACAAGGUUUAGCUUUACAUUACUACAAAAAUGGUGAGCCACAAGAUGAUCUACAAGGUCAACAAGCAUUCGCAAAUAGAAUGAAAUGUUAUAAACAUAUAAUUGAGGCCCUGAAUGAUUUGAGGUCUCAGAGUGUUUCCCAUCCUCAGUCACCCAGCAUUCCAAAAGUACCUGGUCCUCCACCCAUGAAAGAUCCCAAUCUUUUGACACCUGAAGAAGCUAAAGUCUAUUUUGACCAGAUAUUUGAAACAUCAUUGAAAACCGAUGAUGAAUUAUUCCAUGUAGCUUUAUACGAUUCCUUGAUAGAAAACAACCAAUCAGAUACUCUUCUCUAUAUAAAAUCUCAUUAUCUUGAAGAUUAUCUAAAAAGAUGUAGUACUAUUCGUCCUGACAAUUUAUAUGUAUUAAAUCUUUUGUGGAAAUAUUAUGAAAAGAACCAAAAUUUCUCAGCUGCUGCGAGGGUUCUUGAUAAACUUGCAGAUAAACAAGGUUUGGAUAUGAACCUAUCUCAAAGGAUAGAAUAUUUGUCUAGAGCUAUUAUGUGUAUUAAAGGAUCCGAGAUGAGAAUAUCGUCAAGUGGAGAAGGUGAAUUUCUACAUGAACUGGAGGAAAAAAUGGAGGUUGCCCGCAUUCAACUUCAAAUAUUAGAAGCCUUACAACAGAAGAAGAAUAGCUUAAGCACUAAAGCAUCUCCUAUUCAAACAAACAGUAUUGACGAUGCUAUCAACAAAUUAAAUUCAAAUUUUCAAAAUAUUCAACAGUUAUAUGAAGAUUAUGCUGUUCCUUUUAAUCUUCCUGAAAGUCAGUUAGCAAUUGUUAAAUGUGGUGGCCUUUAUGAUCCAGCUCUAAUAGAAUCACUAUGGCAAAAUAUAAUUGAAAAAGAGUUAAUUGGAACAAUUGGUAAUCUGCCAGACACAAGAGUGCAAAUAUUACAGCAGAAAUUGAUUUCUAUCAGCCAGCCUUAUGUGAAUUGUGAUGAAUAUUUUCCACUUAUUUUUAUCAUCAAAUUUUUGGAAGUUAAAACUUGCCCACUGAAUUUUGAUCCGUCUUGGGUUUUUGAAACAAUGCUGAAGCUUGGUAUAUCUAUUGUUGAACUGUUAAAAAUCUACCAUAAGCUCUACAAAACAAAGGACUCUUGUUGGACGUCUCUAAGAAAACCUUUGCACUUAUUGUCCGUAUUAGCCGCUCUCAUUGGACAUUUUGCAGACUCGCCAUCCAUUGUGGCAUUGAAUGAGAGGAGAUCGUUCACUACAUUUUGCUUAGAUGUUUUAUCCGAUUAUCUGGUUGAUCUGCAAGCUAUGGAUACAUCGAUUCCCAAUGCAACUACUCUAAUGAGAGAAUUCAAAUCAGUCCAGCGUAAAUUGGAGCGAUUGCCUUGAUAGUUGACAAACUCUAGGAUUCUACAAUUAAAUGCUGUGAAUUUUUGUAUGAACUUUUUUAUAUGUAUAGGUGUGAAUAUUCAUUUUACUUUGAAGAACCAGUCUCUGACAAGCAUGAAAUGCUGCUUCUGAUUCAAUGCAACUUUUAACUGUUCUGAACUAAUCAAUCUACUUUAAUGCAUUUUUAUAUGUUUCAUUCAAGAUUAAUCAUAAUUUUUGUAAAUAAAGUUUUGCUGAAUCCUUU